AUGGCGGUGGAUCCUCAUAUGGCGGAGUUGAUGAGGGAUGCGGCGAAGGUCGACGCUGAGGCUUUCGCACGCGAGGAUCUGGACGAAGAGGCCCAGCGAGUCAACACCAACCUGUACUAUAUCCUUGUACUGACGUGCAAGGACAAGGCUCAGGGCAUCGUGAAGAGCGUUCCCUCAGGAGAAGGCCUAGAGGCCUGGCGUUUACUGUGUCUGGAGUUCGAGCCGAAGGUGCCGUCGAGAUUCUCAGGCAUGUUAGACUCGAUACUGUAUCCGCAUGUGCAGGAGAACGACCCGAUCAAAGGCAUCGCAUCGUGGGGGACGUUGGUCCAGAGAUAUGAAGAGCAGACAGGGGAGAAGGUCAUGGAGUCGAUCAAGAAGUCCGUUCUCAGUGCGCGAUUAGCGCCGACAAAGCUGCGAGAACAUCUCAUGCUGAACGCUACGAGGUUCACGACAUACGCGUUGGUACGAGCUGAGGUGUUGAACUACUUGAGGUCGAAGCAGGCGGCGAUGGCACUAAGUGGACCUAUGCCUAUGGAUCUGGAUGCGCUCACAUUCGGCAAGUUCGGCAACGACUCGAAGGGCAGGCACGGCAAAGACAAGAACACGGGCAAGGGUCACGAGCUCAUGGAGUGCAGGAAGGCCGCGCAGGACGUGAAGGACGGACAGAUUACGAAGGAUGACUUGCGAAAGAUCAGCAAGGGCAAGGGCAAGGGUAAGGACAAAAGCGACAAGACGAAGAUCACACCUGCGCCCGACAAGCCCAACUAUCAAGACAUGAAGUACUUAGGGUACGAUAACGACGCCGAGGAGGCCUACGUAUUCAUGCUGAAGGAGAACGAGACUGAGGAGAUAGAUCACAGUUCGAGUGUAGACCGCACGGAGGUAGACGGAUACACUGUGAAUCUAGAGAGUAAGGAGGAGCCCAAACACAAGUUCAACGAUAAUGACGAGAGCUACCUGAUUCCAAUAGAGUUCGGGAAUGACAACGACGGUACGAUCGAGGCGAUGGUCGAUUCAUGUGCGGCACGGAGCGUUUGCCCACCUGGUUUCGCACCAAGAAUACCGCGAGAAGAAGCGGGCGCACCACCACUACGACAGGCAGAUGGUACUAAGAUCUACUCGAACGGCUGCAAGACGGUACAAAUGAAGGUGGCUGGGACUCGACAACCAAUUCGAGGACAGUUCGAUGUGCGAGACGUCCACAAGACGAUCAUUGCGGUGAGCGACCUGACGAAGGGAGCUCAAGGGGCAUGGUUCGACGAAGGCGGUGGGGCAUUAGUCAACCCGAAGAUCAGCCAGCGGAUCAAGGAAAUAAUCGAGUGCGAACACGCGAACAAUCAGAGAAGCAGACCCCUGAGGAUCUCGAAGAGGCGUGGAAUCUACAGCUUCGACGUGGUCAAGAAGGAGAGGUACAAGCCCACAGCGGAGGAGAUAGCCAUCCACGAGAAGACUCACAUGCCGCAUCGGGACUGGUGCAAGUGGUGUCUUUGGGGCCGAGGCAAGGAAGAUGGUCACAAGAAGUCCAACCCAGAGGAGGCGCCGACGAUUCCAGUCAUUAGCAUGGACUACUGCUUCGUGAACACCGAGCAGGAGACGGAGAUGGUCACCGUCCUGGUGAUGGUGCAGAAGCCUGACGAUGCAGUUGCUUCCAUCAUGGUUAUCCACGAGGGGCCCAGCGAGUACGUCAACUCAGCGGUGGAGUUCUACUUGGACGUUUGGGGAGCAGCGGAUAUCAUCCUGAAGGGCGACCAGGAGCCAUCACUACAAGCGGUGAUCACGGCGGUAAAGAACAGGAGGAAGCACAGCACGCAGGUGGAGAAGGCUCCCAAAGGUUCUCAUCAGAGCAGCGGUGCGAUUGAGAAUGCGGUGGAAAGAGUGGAGUCGUUACUACGUGCACUACACAGCGAGCUGGAAGUGAAGUUGGAUGUGAAGAUCGGACCCAAGAGUUUGAUCAUGCCGUGGUUGGUUAGGCACGUGGGGUACUUGCUCACCAGGUUCGCUAUCAAAACGGAUGGCAGGACAGCUUGGGAACGGCUGGGACGUGCGAAGUUCAAGUCAGAGCUUGGGAAGAUCGGAGAGACGAUCGACUACACGAUCCAGGCAAAGGACUACUCCAAGCUGGAACCUAGGUGGGGCGAAGGUAUCUUCUUGGGCAGGCGCGACGAGAGCGACGAGAUCAUCGUAGGUACGUCGAGAGGGAUCGAGCACGCCAGAACGAUGAAGCUCAGGGCCACGGAGGACAAGUACAACAAGGAGGUCUACAACACGUUCAUAGGAGUGCCUUGGAAUCCCAGGGGCUUAGAGGUGAAGGAUCAGAAUGAGGUGGUCAGGAGACGGAAAUACAUCACGAAGGCGCUGAUCGAGGAAGACGCGUACACAGGCGAGGAGUUGUUGAAGGAGCUGGUCAUCAACGGCAGGGCGAAGGAAAUGAAGAGCAUGGAGGUGUUUGAUGUCUUUGAGUGGGUACCACUUGAGGACUGGAUGAAGCCUUUCGACACCGAGUGGAUCGACAGCAAGAAGUACGACUUACAGAACCACGAGUGGAUCGUGAGGAGUCGAUGUGUUCACAGAAAGUAUAGCGACGGGACCGACCCCUCGAAUUUCGCAGGGACACCCGCACUAUGGGCCGUUAAGCUGGUGAUUUCGAGAGCAGCUUCAACGGGAACGAUUGAGUCGAGGAGGAAGAAGCUUGGUCUAUAUGACAUCUCAGUGGCGUUCUUUCGCGCGUCGCUGAAGGAGCCCCAGUACUGCUGGCCGCCACCUGAACAGCGACGACCAGGGAUGCUUUGGAAGUUGCAGAAGGCGAUGUAUGGGACGCCAGAGGCGUCGAUGUUAUUUCAAGGAGAAGUUCGGGAUAACUUCAGACAGCACGGGUACGAGGAGUUGAAGACGGUGUGUUGCUUGUACUACCAUCCUGGCAAGGACUCGCUCUGUGCUGGACACGGAGAUGAUUUUGUGGUGGAGGCUUACGACGAGGAGCUGGAUGAGUUCGAUAAGCUCAUGGCCAGUAGGUUUAAGGUCAAGCCUCAACCGAGAGUGGGACCAGGAGGAGCAGCUGAAGGUACGUUUCUCAACAGAACGGUGCUUUGGGGCGAGGAGGGCUUCGGCAUUCUACCAGGCCCGAAGCUGAUCUUGAAGAUGGUGGAGUUGUACGAGCUGAAGCAGGCCAAGCCCGCAGAGACACCGAGUUCGAAGCACACUGCCAAGGGAGUUCGAGAAGCUGAAGACCCAGUAGGACGACAGAGCUCGAUGCUGUACAGGAGUUGCGGUGGCAUUGCACAGUAUAUGGCUGGGGGUCGCUGGGAUAUUCAGGAAGCAGUUCGGGAGCAGAGUUGUUCGUGCAAUGACCCGCGAGUGAAGCACGUACUCAAGCAGAAACGUCUGGUCAGGUAUUUGAAGGGCACGGCCGACAUCGUGAUAUUCUACCCGUAUCAGCAGGAGACGUUCAAAGUAACGGCGUCGGUGGACGCGGACUGGGCAGGACAGGAGGCGACAUGCAAGAGUAUUUCAUCAGGUGGGGUUCGACUAGGAGCCCAUCUACUGGAGAGCUGGGUGCUAUCUCAGGCGACGGUGGCGCUCUCAAGUGGGGAGUCGGAGUUCUACGCGAUGGGUUCGGGCACAGCCCGAGGUCUCACCAUCAAGCACGUGGUGCAGGAGAUGGCGCAGAUGUGGAACGAGGAGGUCACGAUCACUCUGGAGUUGGAGACGGACUCAGCAGCGGCGAAUGGCAUGAUCCACAGACACGGAGCCGGACGAGUACGACAUCUACAGACUAGGUGGAUCUGGCAUCAAGAUCUGGCACGAGACGGAGACAUGGAGGUGGUGAAGGUCAAUACGAAGGACCAAGUUGCAGAUAUAGGAACGAAACCGAUGGACAAGGACACGCUCAGGAGACACAUGCGGACGCUGGGGUUGAUCUCAAUCAAGGCGACGAGUUUCAAGGACCCAGAAGUGCUCACGAAGGUUUUGGCGGUAAUGACGACCAUUUCGGGAGCAGAGGCGACAGACGAUUACUACUAUGAGGAUGGUUUCAGAAUCAAUGUGAACAUGAAGAGCGAGUUUAACUGGUGGAGUUUCGUUACACACUCGGUGGUUACGAUUGUGGCAGUGGUUUUCAGUUACUACGUGUUCGCGGUGAAGGCGAAGCAGGACAGGGUUGUGGGUCAAUCUUCAGAGACACAAGGUGACUCUGGGUUGUGGUCCACGCCAUUUCGACCUGUGCGAGCCGAAGGGGACCCGAGGUGUAACCUCCAGGACUCGAAGUCAGAGUCAGAUGAACGAUCACCGUCGAGGCGACGCAGGAGAGAUGCUUCGCCCGAGGCAGAGGUGCAGUUCAAGAAGAUGAGGUCAGUUGAAGUCCAAGGGCCAGUGACCUACACGAGCAGAAACAAGCUACAUUAUGAGGCUGACGGUCGGUAUACGCCGUUGGGCAAUCGAGAGUGGGGAGCUUGGUGUCAGUAA